UCAGGCGGGCUGGUUGAAAGCGCAGCGAGUCCUUCAGGUGGCUGCUACCUUGUAAAAGUAACAUUAUUAGCCUGUUACUCAGCUAAAGUGGACGCAUUUCUCUUGGUAAAUAAUCGGAUACGUGUUAGCAGGUGGAACCAUCGACAGUUAGCGCUAGGUUAGCUUAUCCAGCGUGCAAACGUUAGCAUGCGUUUCUUUAGCUAAACUUAUCGGUGUUGAUGUAACGGCUAGCCAGCCAACUCAACAUUGAUGCUAGCUGAAUCAAAAGCUUUAUCGGUUUUUAAACUCGCAAGCAAUGGACCGUCCGCCAAGGAAGACAAAGGUUGUGAAUUACUGUGAAGCCAAGGACUUUGAUGAUGAUGAUGAGGAUUUUGCCUGUGCGAAGCCUCCACCCAGCAAAAAGCCCAGAGAGGAUGUGAACCAGGAGCACAAGAAAACAUCGAGCAAGUCCUCCAGUCAAGACUCCAACUCACAGUCCACUGAGAAGAGCAGACGUCCACUUGAUGAGAGGCUACAAGAAAGAGAUCUAGAAGCGGCAAUUAUACUGUCCAUGCUUGAUAAUACAGAUCAGGACCAGUCUCCCGCCAGUACAGGAGAAGUGGGUGUUAAAGUUACUGUAGAUGAAAACAUGGAUCCGACUUCUUUGCGCCGAUCCAACUGCAGCGUGGAUGGCGAUAUUUUGGGCUUGGAUGAAAUCAUAUCAGAAAAAGAGUCACUUUCCAGACAGAGAAAGGCUGCUGCUAAAGCCACUGAGGAGCAGAAGAAACAGCUUACAGACAAAGAUGAAGACUACGAGCCCAAACUGACCCCAGAUUCAGGAAGUGAUGAAGAUUUCAGUGAACCAGCUGAUAGCGAAGAUGAGGAAUUCACAGUUAAGAAAGUCAGCAAAACAAAGAAGAAGGAGAAAGUAACCAAGAAAGAGAAAACCAAACCGCCCCCUGCUUCUAAAAAAGAAAAAACGGCAUCAAAACCAAAGUCCAAAACGCAGACAACAGCUUCCACACCAGUGAGAAGUCCUCCAACAGCUAAAUGUGCCCCCAAGAGACCUUCAUCAUCUUCCACAGUCUCCACAUCAAAACCUGCAUCUUCUCUGAGCCCAGCAGGUGGCAGGAUACCCAAGUGGAACCCACCAGGUCAAGUUGGUAAGAGUCCCACUUCAGCUGGUUCAGCAGUGAAGUCUCCAGGUCAGGGUCUUCGCCUGGGACUGUCCCGCCGAGUUCGAGUCAAACCUCUUCACCCCAGUGUCGCGACUCACUGACGAGUGAUCACUGGUCUGUAGAUUUGUUUGAAUGCGUCUGUUUUUGUUGUCAUUUUAGUUUCAUCACGUAUUCUUUUAAAAAAAGAUGCUUUUAAAUCAUUUCAAUAUUACUUGAUGUGUGUUACUAUACAUAUAAAAUGAUUUCCAGGAUCUGUUUUCAUGGGAUGCUUUGGGCAUCUAUACAGCUUGCACCUUGAGCUAUUGUUUCACCAUCAUAGAUCAAUGUCAUUGUCAGAUUAUUAUCAGUCCACUUACUGUGUCAGAUUUCUCUCAGAUUUCUCUGAUUGUUGGCAUGUGGAGAAGUUUGAAUUAUAACUUUUUUUUUUAACUAGUCUUGCAAUUUGUCUCCCCUUUGUUUUAUUGUGUGAAAAACGUGUGUAUAUUAUGUACAUAUAUAUAAUAAAAUUUAAAAGAAGUUUAA